UGAACACAUGCCACCCCCCAAAGAUUUUUUCAGUGCUAGUUUUCCAUCGGUCGAGCAAGACAGACACACUCUAGUGUCUGUUUUCUUUCAUUUUCUUUUUUUGUUUUUUUUUUUAGAUUUUCAUCAUAGAUAAGACUUUUAUAUUUUUUCUUUCCAUUUUCUAGGACCACUUCUGGUCCAAGUUUUUGGACAUUAAUCUCCACUAGCCUUUCUGCUAGUUUUUUUAUCCCUACUUUUCUCUCUCCCGUUCCUCUUUUCCCUACUACCCCCUUGGUCUUUGCUCCUGCUGGUCUCUUUUCUGGCUAUGCACCAUGCUGUCCUCUCCUACUGUCAUUCUACAGCCUUACGGACUGCCUGUGUACCCACAAACUGCCUCCUGCUACCCCAGCUUAGUACAGGGUGCCCCUGCCCAGGAGGCAGGACCGGGCACUGGUGACCCUGCCCUGCCUCAGGUAUAUGCCCCACCCCCUUCAUAUCCACCUCCUGGACAGGCCCCUCCCACACCUGCCGGCAGGCUCCCACCCCUCGAUUUCAGCUCCGCCCACGCCAGCUCGGAAUACCAGGACCACCACCAGUUAAGAGUCUACCAGGGAGCUCAGCAUGAGGGGGCGGAGCCUUUAACUGCUAGUAGCACGGAUGACGCCCUGGCCCCUGUGACCUCUGACCCACAGCCUCUGAGUGCCUCCGUUGCGAGUGGUGGCGGAGCUGGAAGUGGGGGUGAGGAGGAGGGGUCAGGUAAAGCCCAGCCCAAAAGGCUUCACGUGUCCAACAUACCAUUCCGAUUCCGUGACCCGGACCUGAGGCAGAUGUUUGGGCAAUUUGGCAAGAUUCUGGAUGUGGAGAUCAUCUUCAAUGAGAGAGGGUCAAAGGGUUUUGGAUUUGUGACGUUUGAAAAUGCAGUGGAAGCUGAUCGAGCCCGAGAGAAACUCAAUGGCACAAUCGUGGAAGGCAGAAAGAUUGAGGUUAACAACGCCACGGCCAGGGUAGUGACCAAGAAGCCACAGACCCCACUUGUCAAUGCUGCUGGGUGGAAGAUUAAUCCAGUAAUGGGAGCCAUGUAUGCCCCUGAACUUUAUACUGUUGCCAGCUUCCCCUAUCCUGUUCCCACACCAACCUUGGCAUAUAGAGGCUCCGCCCUUCGGGGGCGUGGUCGUGCAGUGUACAACACAAUUCGCUCUGCAGCCACAGCGGCCACCCCUGCUGCUGUUCCAGCCUAUCCAGGGGUCGUUUAUCAAGAAGGUCUUUAUGGAACGGAAGUUUAUGGAGGAUAUCCUGCCACAUACCGGGUUGCUCAGUCCCCUUCAGCUGCAGCCACAGCCGCUUACAGUGACGGGUAUGGGCGAGUGUAUGCCACUGCAACUGACCCUUACCAUCACUCUGUCGGGCCGACCACCACUUACGGAGUAGGAACUAUGGCAAGUUUGUAUCGUGGAGGCUACAAUCGCUUUACCCCUUAUUGAACACAGCCCAUCUGCUACACCUCUGCCUCGCAGCGGGACUCAGGGGUCACUCCCAUCACAGAGCAGGACGGCCACUGAUCUUGGGACCUGCCUUGAGAAGCAAUUGACCUGAGCUAAGACCUGAGUGGCCUUCUGGAACAGAACUGAACGUAUUUAUUUAAUGUCUGAAAGUGCUGAAAGUAUUUAUUGAAGCUUAGGAAUUGCACCAACACUGAAGUCCAGAGUCUGAGAAGAUCCAAGCCACUGGAAUCUUAGUGAUUUUUGUUUUUAUGUUUUUGAUGUGGUGCUUAAAACAUAGGUAUGUUCACUUUUUAAAAUAUAUACGCCUAGGGAACAUUUUUCAAAACGCAGUGCUGCCUAUGAGGCCAGUGAGAACGGGUUGAGGUUGUGGCCUGUUCUAAAAUACUGAUUUUGGCACACUUUUUCCAAAAGCAUCUUAGUGUGAAGCUCAUCUCAACUGGUAAAGAAAUCAGUGGUGAUCAGGGUGAUGCUGGUUUGACCAUUUAAGAGUCCUUGGAAGCUUUUGGGAGACCCAAUCCUGAUGAGUUAGAAAUUUAUUUCAGUCAAAACCCUGAAGAGAAGCUAGGCCAUGUUGUAAUGCUAAACAAUGGGCUUCUAGUUUCACUUUGUUCACUUUGCUUGAACUUUUUCUUUAAAGUGUGUUUAUAGCUUUUGGAAAAGACGUUCUUCAGAGAAACUCACAGACUUUCACUGCCCAGCUUCAUCAAGAGUCUGGGGUAUUACACUGUAUAUCAUGGUGACACCUUUAAGCUGAUUUUGAGUGCAGUAUGUCACUUGCUUAGCUACAAGAUGAGUGUAUGAGUGUGUGUGUGUUUGUGUGUGUGCUUGGUUUGUGUGAUUUUAUAAUGGUUAAAUGUGAAAAGGUGAGGUACAGUGAUGGCGCCGGUGCAUGUGAUACAUUUUUCAUACAUUCAUCACUGCCAUGUUCACAUGUUCUUCAUAAUCUACCUCUCAGAUGGACUUUUCUCCUGUUUUCACUCAGUUUGCUCUGAUACUUCUCCUUUAACAAACCGUCAGGCUGUCUUCAGCAUGCUGCGUUGUCCCAUUUGUUUUCUAAAACAAUAUUUAAAAGUGCCUUUUCCUGCUAUAUCAACUCUUGCUCAACCCCUUAUACAUUUAAACCAUGUAUGUAAGCCCUCACUUCAUUACUAUUCUAAUAAUUUGCACACAUUUAUAGGCCCUAUGAUAGAACUCUGAUGCACUCUGAUCAGCCUAGACAUGUUUGGUGUUUGUAGUUUUUAGUUUGCUAUGAGAAUAACAGAUCUAAUAAGUAAUCGAAUUUAAAAUUACACAAAUCACAUGGCUAAAUCAUCUCAACACACCACUCUUCUCAACUAGACUCCACAAUGUGGCCUUUGACACCUAAUGACAUACUAUUAUGUCUAAAAUCAUGUUUAAAAUUGCUCCAUAUGACUGCGCAGAUUUCUCACAGCUGGAGCCUGACAUGCUUACAGUAUUCACACUCUACUGAUUUCUGGUUAGAGUAUUGAUCUAUGUUUUGAAGUUAAUUUGGUUACAGAUGCAGUUUAUGACCCUGAGUCUUCCCCAUUUCCGUUUCUUCUUCUCCUUUUGUAUCUUACUUUGAAUUUUUGUUCACUUCUGCUGUAAAUAAACCAUCUCUCACUGUGUUCCACCUUC